AUGCCUACACCUAGACUUAUUUUUGUACGUCAUGGCCAGACCGAAUGGUCCAAAUCGGGACAAUACACUUCAGUUACCGACUUGGAGCUCACCAAAUUCGGUGUUUCUCAGAUGAGAAAUACAGGCAAGCAUUUGAUCGGCAACACGCCCUUCCAGAUGAUCAAGCCUGCAGACCUCAAGUUGAUUAUCACGUCGCCAAGAAAAAGGGCCAAGCAGACGGCCGAUUUGUUGCUCGAAAGCUUAGAUGACGAAGCCAAGGCGAACAUCUCGAUUUCGGAGGAUAACGAUUUGAGAGAGUGGGAAUAUGGCGAUUACGAGGGGCUCACAACGCCCCAGAUUCUCGAUUUGCGCAAGCAGAGGGGACUUGACCAGGAUGGCGUGCGCUGGACGAUUUUCCAAAAGGGCUGCGAGAAUGGCGAGGACCAUCUUCAGGUGACAGAGAGAAUCGACCGUUUGAUCGCCCGGAUCCGGACCGUACACGCCAAAGCCAUUGAAGAUAAUGCAGCAUGUGAUGUUUUGAUUGUGGCACACGGCCAUAUUCUCCGUUGCUUUGCCGCAAGAUGGGUUGGCAGGCCGCUUAAUGUGAACCCAGACAUGGUUUUGGAUGCUGGCGGAGUAGGUGUUUUGAGUUACCAACACUGCAACAUCAACGAACCUGCCUUUUAUUUAUCUGGUGCGUUCACAGUGCCAGUUGAUCAGGAGGAAUCGGAGCAGUAG